CGGCCAUGCAGCAUGCAAGCGAGCAACUCACACAGGUUUGAGUGGUGACGCUUCUCUUCCACAUCUGACCGUCCAUUCAUUCACGAUUCUACUGUACUGUACGGCCGACAGCUUUCCUUGGCGGCAUCGAUCAACUGGAUCAAGCCUUUCGCGGACACACGGGGCGCAAUCAUCGCUCAAACACCUCAUCGUUGACGCAAGCAUGACGUUGUCCCUUCGAGCCAGUCUGUCCGCAGGGCAGUGUCAGUUUGGCAGGCAGGGAAUUGCCAUCAGCACGAUCACACCGACGCAUCUCGUCUUGCCGGGUCAAGAGCCAAGGCUCGCAUGUGCUGUGGGGCGUGCCCAAGCGCGUCCGAGUGCGAGGGCAUUCCAUGCGAGCAGACUGAACGCGAGUAGAGGCAGAACGGGACUGUACGACUUUCAUGUCGAGAAUGCGGGCAAGAUGGUCCCAUUCGCGGGCUACGACAUGCCCUUGACGUAUGGCGAUGUGGGCCAAGUCGCAAGCCACAAGCACGUUCGCAGCGCCGCAGGACUGUUCGACGUUGGUCACAUGGUCCAGCAUCGCUUCUCCGGCGCAGGAUCCCUCGCCUUUCUCUCCUCCCUCGUUCCCACCUCCCUCGCCUCUCUGGGAGACUUCAGCAGCACAUUGUCCGUCUUGUUGAACGACAAUGGAGGCAUCAUCGACGACACGGUCAUCACCAAGCACGCGGAGGAUGCCUGGUACGUCGUGACCAAUGCUGGGCGCAGACAGGAAGAUUUGUCCCUGUUCACGCAAAAGCUGCAAGCGUGGACGGGCGGACAGGUCGAGCACGAGGUGCUGGAAGGCUGGGGUCUAGUAGCUCUGCAAGGACCGGAGAGCGUCAGCGUGCUUAGCCAGCACACCGAUGCGGACCUGAACAGCCUGACGUUUGGACGAAGCGUGCACGCCAAAGUCGCGGGCGCCGAGUGUCACAUUGCUCGCGGAGGGUAUACGGGGGAAGACGGUUUCGAGAUCUCCAUCCCGCCUGAGCGCACCGUCUUGGUCACCCAAGCGCUUCUGAACACUGCACCGACGCAGCUGGCGGGCUUGGCCGCUCGAGACAGUCUUCGUUUGGAAGCUGGAAUGUGUCUGUACGGGCACGAUCUGGACGAGAGUGUGAGCCCUAUAGAAGGCGCUCUUGCUUGGGUAGUGUCCAAGGAUAGAAGAGAGGCUGCAGACUUUCCAGGCGCGGAGCGCAUCUUGAAAGAGCUCAAAGAGGGACCACCAAGGCGUAGAGUUGGUCUCGUGAUAGAAGGCGCUCCAGCGAGGGAGGGCGCGCCUAUCUUUGAUGGCGUCGGAGAUGUGCCGAUUGGCGUCGUCACGUCUGGCAUCCCCUCCCCCACGACGGGACAAAACAUCGCGAUGGCAUUGGUGCAGAAUGGCCAGCACAAAAAGGGCACAAAAUUGCGCGUUGAAGUGAGAAAGAAGCUGAGAGAAGCUGAAGUCGUCAAGAUGCCUUGGGUCCCAAAUCGCUUCUUCAGAGGGGCUGCUUGAACAGGUCCCGACGCGCGCCAAAAGCGCCAGCACUUAGUCAUCAUAACCAAGACAAGCCACACAGUACAAUAAUAGAAAGCGUCGAGCGCAGUCCGAAAAGCAAGGGGUUGACUAGAUGACCGCGUGGGAUGCGUGCAGAAUGAACGGACGAAUGCGAAGGAUCUACACUUUCGAGCUCAAGCUCAGAAUCGCUCGAGCUAGCUCGCACCUCGCGUCUUGAUCAAAUCAAAUGGAAUAUCUGUAAGCAGCGGCAGCCCAAGCUGAAACACCAAACAGCGAGAGCGCAAAUCCUCUAAGCCCUGGCAAUCUGGGCAACCUCGUCUUACCAUCCGCUGCGUGCUCAGCAC